UGCGCAGUGCAAAUCAGGUAGUCAAACCUCCUGCUGUACAUUGGGGGAGAAAUAAGGGGGGAGGAGGGUUAAUGUGCCACACCGUGCACAGCUUUGACCCCCCCGGUGUCUCGGUGCUGUUCCCCCGGAGAAGAGAACCAGACCCCCCGGUGCCUCGGUGCUGUUCCCCCGGAGAGGAGAACCAGACCCCCCCGCCCGGUGUCUCGGUGCUGUUCCCCCGGAGAGGAGAACCAGACCCCCCCGGUGCCUCGGUGCUGUUCCCCCGGAGAAGAGAACCAGACCCCCCCCCCCCCCCCGGUGCCUCGGUGCUGUUCCCCCGGAGAGGAGAACCAGACCCCCCCGGUGUCUCGCGGCUGUUCCUGCCGCCUCGCAGCCUCCUCUUUCCGGAUGCUUCUGCUCUGGAUCCUCGCCGCGCUCUGCGCUUCCUCCGCAGAGGCCGACUUCUUCCCUCUGGACAGCAUCUCCAACGUGUCCAGCUACUAUUUCAACUACAUCUAUUGCAAUAUCUGGGAGGGGGAGUGCCAGCCCCACCAGGACGAUGCUGCACAGCAGGUUCCGACCCGCGACCUGUGGGCUGGCUUCCCUCAGGACUACAUGAGUCUGGUGCACCAGUGGUACUGCAGCCUGGGCCAGUGCUGCGACUCUGGAGACUGCCGGGUCACCAACAACAUCACAGGUCUGGCGUGGGACCUCCAGACGAGGCUCCACGGGCAGCACCUGGUCCAGUCCGUGGUUCUGAAGGCGGUGCAGGGCUUCCUCAGCAGCCCCGAGUCCAACAAGCCGCUCACGCUCUCCUUCCACGGCUGGUCCGGCACCGGGAAGAACUACGUGGCCCGGAUCAUCGCCGACAACCUGUACCGAGACGGUGUGAAGAGCGAGUGCGUCCGCCUCUUCAUCGCCCCGUUCCACUUCCCCCACGCACGACUGGUGGACACUUACAAGGGCCAGCUUCGAGAGUCCAUCAGAGACCUGGUCCUCCGCUGCCCUCAGACUCUGUUCAUCUUCGACGAGGCGGAGAAGCUUCACCCCGGCCUCAUCGACGCCAUCAAGCCGUUCAUGGAUCAUUACGACAACGUGGACGGGGUCAACUACCGCAGAGCGCUCUUCCUCUUCCUCAGUAACAUCGGGGGGGCGACCAUCAACGACGUGGCGCUGGACUUCUGGCACUCGGGUCAGAACCGAGAGGACAUCGGGAUGGAAGAUCUGGAGCAUCGACUGAGAGCAGAAACCAUGGAGUCUCACGGUGGCUUUGCUCAGAGCGAGCUGAUGUCCGGUCACCUGAUCGACUUCUUCGUGCCCUUCCUGCCUCUGGAGUACCGGCACGUGAAGCUGUGUGCGAGGGACGCGUUCACGGCUCGAGGCCUGCAGACGGACGAGGCCACGCUGGACGAGGUGGCCAAGGCCAUGCUGUACGUGCCCAAAGAGGAGAGGCUGUUCUCCGCUCAGGGCUGCAAGUCCAUCCCCCAGAGGAUCAACUUCUUCCUGCCCUAGGAGGUGAGACGCACAGACCUGGAAGUGGAGCCCAGAGUACUAUCCCCUUCACAGGUACAACAGGUGUCCUUCAGAGAGGGACGGAUCCACAGGGGAAACACAGGAUCCUGCAGACGUGAGGAGAUCCAGCUCUUCUUCAGCAUCAGGACCAUGGGUGUCACUUUGUGUGAUGAGGACACAGAUUUAAAAACAAAAUUCUGCAAUAAGCGCCCCCCAAAAACAAUACAUACAUAUUAUACAGACAUGCUUACAAUACUUUUGACAACUAGCGCAGUAACUACGCUGCUGCAAAGGUGUUCUCUAUUCAGUCAUUACUAAUAUUAAACGUUUCUCUUGGGUUACCAGCAGGGUUAGGGUUUUAAUCUGAGCGGGGGUCUUUAAUUAAGAGAGAGAGAGAGAGAGAGAGAGAGAGAGAGAGAGAGAGAGAGAGAGAGAGAGAGAGAGAGAGAGA